ACACCACACUGUUGUUGCUGCGCUUUGAUCUGGGUGCAUCUGACAUGCAGUACUUUCUUUCUUUCUUUCUUUCUUGUUAAGGGAGGCAUGAACUUGCAGAGAGAUACGCUGCAUGAUUCACACAUAUGCUGAGUCAAAAGAGCUCCAGUGAUCUGCACAGGCAGAUUUCUGAUCGUGAGGUAAACCAGUUGCUCUCAGGCCAGAUGCAUCCCAGACUUUAGACGAGGCACAAGUCAACCAUUGUUUUGCUGAGCACACUGAGCACAUUUAAAAGAGAAGAGAAAAGAAGAGAGAAAGAGGGUGGCUUGCCUAAUGGCAGAGAUCUGGAUGUCCCAGUAAGGUCAGGUCGGACGGGAGGUCAUGGGGUCGUUUACGCUGGGGAAAGCUGCUUCUUUGGAGCUACUGCUGGAAGCCUGCAUUCAUGCGUUUGAUGAUGAAGGAGAGCUGCAUGAAAAUCAGCUUCCCCGAACCCUUCUGCUGAUGCAUCGCUGGUAUGUGUCCUCCACCGAGCUCGCUGGGAAACUUCUGAUUAUGUACCGUGACUGUCGAGGAGAUGACUGCCAGCGGACACGACUGAAGAUCUGCUAUUUAAUGAGGUACUGGAUAGCUGAAUUCCCUGCAGAGUUUGAUCUGGAUCUAGGUUUGAUCCGUCUUACAGAAGAAUUUCGAGAUGCAGCCGCUCAGCUGGGUGGUGACGAGCACAUUAAACUACUUGACAUUUCUACAAUCCCCUCAUAUGACUGGAUGCGUAAACUGACUCAGCGAAAGAAGCAGGUGAAGAAGGGUAAAGCGUCACUGCUGUUUGAUCAUCUGGAACCCAUUGAGUUGGCCGAACACCUCACCUUCUUAGAGUACAAGUCCAUCAGGAGGAUAUCGUUCACAGAUUACCAGAGUUACGUGAUUCAUGGCUGUCUAGUAGAUAACCCCACAUUAGAGCGCUCCAUCGCUCUGUUUAACGGGAUCUCCCAGUGGGUUCAACUGAUGGUUCUCAGUAAACUUACCCCUCAGCACAGAGCAGAGGUCAUCAACAAAUACAUCCAUGUUGCACAGAAACUGCUCCACCUGCAGAACUUUAACACGCUGAUGGCUGUGGUCGGGGGUCUGAGUCACAGUUCUAUUUCCCGCUUGAAGGAAACUCAUUCUCACCUCAGCCCAGAGGUCACCAAGAUCUGGAAUGAAAUGACAGAGCUGGUUUCGUCAAAAUGCAAUUACUGUGCUUACCGCAAAGCCUUCAGUGAAAGCGAAGGGUUUAAGAUCCCAAUCCUAGGUGUUCACCUGAAGGACCUGAUCGCCGUGCACGUGGUCUUCCCAGACUGGGUGGAGGAUGGGAAAGUGAACAUUGUGAAGAUGCAGCAGCUGUAUCUCACCUUUAAUGAGCUGGUCUCCCUGCAGAGCGCUGUGGCUCAGGUGGAGCCCAACAUGGACCUGAUCUACCUGCUCACUCUGUCCUUGGAUCUGUACUACACAGAGGAUGAAAUUUAUGAGCUGUCCCUUCUUAGAGAACCCCGUAACCCCAAAUCUCAGCCCACCUCACCCACAACGCCCAACAAACCUCUGGCUCCGCUGGACUGGGCCUCUGGGGUCACCACCAAACCAGAUCCCUCGGUGGUCAACAAACACAUCAGGAAAGUCGUGGAUUCUGUCUUUCAUAACUACGACCAUGACCAUGAUGGAUACAUAUCUCAGGAAGACUUUGAGAGUAUUGCUGCAAAUUUCCCUUUCCUCGAUUCCUUCUGCGUGCUUGAUAAAGACCAGGAUGGAUUGAUCAGUAAGGAUGAGAUGAUGGCAUAUUUCCUGCGUGCCAACCCGCUGCUGCAGUGUAAGAUGGGGCCUGGUUUUAUUCACAACUUCCACGAGAUGACUUACCUGAAGCCAACAUUCUGUGAACACUGCGCUGGAUUUCUCUGGGGAAUUAUUAAACAAGGAUACAAGUGCAAAGACUGUGGUGUGAACUGCCAUAAACAGUGUCGUGAGCUGCUGGUUUUGGCGUGUCGUCGUCUCCCUCGGUCCACGUCGCUGGGCAAUGUGUCUCCUGGAGCGCUCACACACAGCUCUUUGCCCAGCAGCCCCAGCCUGCCCACCUGUAAAGAUGACGAUGAGGUGUUUACAUUUCCCGCCGUGUCGUCGUCAUCAGGCUCUGACCUGGAGGGAAAGUCCAUCACCCUGAUGACUGGUUCAGCCCAGCGCAUCUCAGUGCGGCUCCAGAGAGCCACCACCAGUCAGGCCACGCAGACAGAACCCCUGUGGCCCGAAAACGGCUGGGUGGCCGUCGCAGACAGCGGGUCACACACCUUCCCCAAAAUGAGAUACAGGCCUCACCGCAAAGCAUCCAAGAGCAAAGGCUUUGCUCGCUGGGAGAACGACACGCAGAGUUCGGCAGCGACGAGGAACAGCAGGAACUCACAGGAGCACAGCGAAGAGUCACAGCAGAACGGACUCGCAGAACAACAUAUGAACAAAACCAGGACCUCUGAGAUCAGCUGACUUGACUGCUCUGUGGGCCCAUGCAGGACACCCUGGAGCCUGUCAGGACCACGGCCCAGAGGGCUGUCCGCUCUAGGGGGCGUGCUGGGGUGCCUCAUGCCUCCAGUGGAUCAGGAAUAGGGUCACUGUUUCUACAGCCACAGUAAAAGAGCGGCAGCAGGCAACCCACUGACUGAACUGGGGGAAGGGUUGCAUCAAAGGAAAGGUCUGGGACUAAACAGGGAGUGACUGUGUUGUCCUGUCUGUUGGAAAUCUAACUGAGAAUCACUGGAAGCUGAUGUGACGGAUACAUCAGUGUGAUAAUAGAUGAGUGAGCAAGAGUAUUUAAGGUAUGCCGUUGACGUGUUUGCGACGCACGCUCUGAUUUUCGUUCUCCAAAAACACUACUCUGAAAGGACACAGUGGAUGUGAAGGUUAUAUUCAGGUUGUCUGAAGUCGAAAGUGGAACUGGGAAAGAUGAAGAUGAACGUAUGUAUGAUCGAACAUUAAAACACUAACUUAAUUUGUGUUACCCAGCAACACAUUAUGAUCUAAAGUGAAAGGUACGUCGAGUUUUAAAACCCCUAAUAUUUUACCCCAAAUAUAAUUAUAAAAACCACUUACACUGUUUUACAGAUGUUUCUCCAAUGGUUUGCACCAUAGUUGUGUCUUCUGUGCUUGAGAAAAUGCAGACAAGUAACCUCUGACCUUAUGCAUCAUUACAUCAGCACUGCUUAGCAACAUUGAUAGCUAUGUAAGGUUGAAAAGAUACAUGAAUUCAAAGACUUCAAUUCUGCCGACACAGGUGAGCCGUCAGCCAGGUGUUUAUAUGGCAUCUGUUGCUAAGCGCCAGAUGAGUCCAUCUAUAGUCUGUUGCCAAGGCAACACACUGCCCUUCAGCGCCAUAUGUUCUGAAAUAAGUUUGACACCCAGACAUCUCGGCUCAGUUAGAGCCCGACAGCCUCAGAUGGGACAAGCCUCAUACGAUCAUUUUUGCAGACAGUGUGUGUGAGAGAGACCUCGCAGGUGGAUCAACAGAUGAACUAAGACAAACAGUGAUUAUAGUGAGUCUUUGAGCCUAUAGGAUUAGAUGCUCUUCUGGCACCAAAAUUGCAGAUUUAAAGAAACAGUUCCCCAAAAAAAUGAACAUUCUGUCAUUAUUUACUCACCCUCACGGCUUUGUAACUAAAAUUAGUUUAUUUCUUGUAUUUAUUGUGGAAAACAAAAGGAUUUUUAUCAAAAAGUCUGCCCUUUUUUGAUACAAUGAAAGUUAAUGGUGACCAUGUCUGUCAGGCAAGAUUUUCACUGAAUAUCAGCUUAAAGGGAUUGUUCAACCUAAAAUGAAAAAUUCUGUCAUAAUUUUUUACUUUACUUACCCU